GUGAAUGCAGCCCAGUAACCGAGCCGCCUGUAUUCUUCACACGGCGUCUCUUCGCGGCCAUGGUAACACUUUGCCCAACACUGCACCUCUGAUUCAACAAUUAACAGCACAAACAAGCUGUUUUCAUGCAGCUAUUAUUCAGCAUGAAUUUGGCAGAGAUAUGUGACAACGCCAAGAAGGGCCGUGAGUAUGCUCUGCUGGGCAACUAUGACUCCUCCAUUGUUUACUACCAGGGAGUCAUUCAGCAGAUCCACAAGCACUGUCAGUCCCUCAGAGACCCUGCUCUCAAAGUCAAAUGGCAACAGGUCAGGCAGGAACUGACUGAGGAGUAUGAGCAGGUGAAAGGCAUCAUGGCAACGCUGGAGAGCUUCAAGUCAGAGAAGCCAGUUGACAUCCUUGCCCCUCAGUCUGAGGAGAAGUUUGAGGAUCCAGCAGUGUGGCCCCCUCCCACCCCUGCAGAACACAGGAAUCCUGUUGCAGUGAAGCGCCCCAACAGUGCAGUGAAGCAGCAGAGGAAAGACUCCCCUGGGCUGCAGCAUCGAGGAGCAGGGCCAGGAGGCCGCGGCCAGGCCAACCCGAAACCAGACAGGCCGGGUUUCAGAGAUGCCCGAGGCACAAAAGCCAAAGACGAUAAGGGGAAGAAAGGGGUCGGAGAUGCACCAGGGGAUGUAGAGCAGAAGAAGUUUGAUAGCACUGGACAUGACAGCGACCUGGUGGACUCACUGGAGAGAGACAUUGUGUCCCGUAACCCUAACGUACACUGGGACGACAUUGCUGAUCUGGAAGAUGCCAAGAAGCUGCUGAGAGAAGCUGUGGUGUUGCCUAUGUGGAUGCCCGACUUCUUUAAGGGCAUUCGUCGCCCCUGGAAGGGCGUGUUAAUGGUUGGCCCUCCUGGGACAGGGAAGACCAUGUUAGCCAAAGCUGUGGCCACAGAAUGUGGGACUACUUUCUUCAAUGUGUCCUCCUCCACUCUCACCUCCAAAUACAGGGGCGAGUCUGAGAAACUUGUUCGUCUGCUUUUUGAAAUGGCUCGGUUUUACGCACCGACAACUAUCUUCAUAGAUGAGAUCGAUUCCAUCUGUGGCAGAAGAGGAACAUCGGAUGAACAUGAAGCCAGCCGCAGGGUCAAAUCAGAACUCCUGGUUCAGAUGGAUGGUGUUGGGGGAGCUCUGGAGAAUGAUGACCCCUCUAAAAUGGUGAUGGUUCUCGCGGCCACCAACUUCCCCUGGGACAUCGACGAGGCGUUACGACGACGACUGGAGAAGCGGAUCUACAUCCCUCUGCCCACAGCUGUGGGUCGUGUUGAGCUUCUGAAGAUCAACCUGCGGGAGGUGGAGGUGGCUGCCGAUGUGGACUUGGACCUCAUUGCUGAGAAGAUUGAGGGCUACUCUGGAGCGGACAUCACCAACGUCUGCAGAGAUGCGUCCAUGAUGGCGAUGCGUCGUCGAAUCCAAGGCCUGACCCCCGAGGAGAUCCGAGCUCUGUCCAAAGACGAGCUGCAGAUGCCUGUGACCAUGGAGGACUUCACCCUCACACUCAAGAAGAUCUCAAAGUCUGUCUCUGCUGCCGACCUGGAAAAAUACGAAGCCUGGAUGGCUGAGUUUGGGUCAGUAUAGAGAACGGUACCGUUUAGACUCACAGGGGACCAAAACCUUGAACAGAGGACUUUGAAAAUGAUGAAAGCCUUGAAGGAGAGGGACUUGGGAGUGUAUGUCAUGGAGCUGAGUGACCUCUAGUGUGUGAACCAGGCAGCACAUCAGGGAUCAAGAUUACACAGGGGGCUCAUGUUCACAUCAGAAGACUGGUGCCUUUGAGAGAGCACGAUGAGAAGUGUCAGUGGCUGCACUCCUGCCCUUUCACUCACUCUCCCCUUGUUGUUUCUCCAACACAAUUGUUCAUGUAGAGACUAUCAAUCGUCCAGCUGCUGGCUGACUGACUUAAGUGACCUGAAGAAGAAAAGGGAACUUUAAAUGUAAAAAGUAGCCUAAUACUCACAGGUAGACCAGGGAAUGCACGCUAGUUUUACUUAAGCAAGGCCUUGUGCAAGAAUAUUUCUGUAUUCCCUAAACCCAUGGUACUUUGUCUUUGAAGCUUGUUCGUAUGAGUGUUAUACAUCGAAUUCACCAAACAGACCUGUCGUUAAUUGCUCAUUUCAACCUGAUGACUGCCAACUGUUUACAAGAGGGUGAGUGUUUGUCAGAAUCAGUCAUUUGGAUAAUCAGUGCCCCUAAAACUGCCAUGAAAGACUCCUUGCUCUGCUCCAUUUUGGGCAAGUUUUAUUCAAACAAUGUCAUAAACGUAAGGAAAAAGAAGAAUUUCACACCCCCAGGCUUCACAUCAAACUGUCAAAGUUUUGCUGGCAGACAAGGGCAAAUGCCCAACAGCCCAAAACAUUUCUAUAUGGUGAAACGUGCUGCAGCUUCAGAAACAAUGCCAGUUCAGAAACAUGUGGUAUGUGCUGCAGAAAGCCAAAACAAAUACAUUAACAGCAAAAACCCUACAAAUACAGAAACAAUACAAAGUCAGAAACACACAAAGCCCGAAAACAAAUGCAACAGAGAAACGCUGUAUAUCCACUCCACACAAUGGAGGUUCUCCAGGCCUCUAGGGGGAGCUACUGAAAUCUGUUGCUCUUUUAUGAUAUUUUAGAAGGCUAAGGCCAAAUGUAAAAAAUAAUGUGUACCUUUUUAUGUAGCCCCCUUAUUCCACUUUUUCCCACUUCAAAAACAACACUCCCUCUCAUCUAGUUUCUCUCUUUCAGGUAGAAACCAAACAUUUCCACUUAGCGCUCCUCCUAGAGGCCUGUAGAACUUCGGUUGCAUUGACCGGCUGUACAGUAUUUUUCUUCUGCAUUUGUUUUGGGGCUUGAUUGGCAGUCCAACACAAGUUUAGCAAUGUAAGUAGUUGUUUCUAAUUAUUUCGGAGGACCCAUAAUAAUUAGAAAAUCACUACAUUAUGGUUCACCAGCAAAGCUACCUGCAUCAAAACCCUGGGGCAGAAAGAAUUUUCCUUACAAUGACUAAAUUUCUUAGAUUGCCAUUGCAAAAUAUACCCAUAAACCCUACAGAAAAAGGUAAAGUAAAUUGGCAAGCCACAAUGAUGAUGGUAAUCAUUCAGAUUAAGGCAUCACAAUUCAGACAAGUUUUCUUAAAUCACUCGUACCUGCUGCUUAAGAACAAAUCUGUUAGUACUGAUUCUUACAUGAGGAGUUUUGUCUUAAAGAACUGUAUGUUUUAGCACUUUUAAUGUAUUUCGUCCAGGAAAGUCCAUGUACUUACUACUGACUGAACACACUUGAAGAACCACAAUGUCUGUGUUAAACAGUGUCUGAGUAUGUGUUUGUGUUUUUAUGUUGUUGUUUUUAUUAUUUGUGUUUUAAGUUUAUGUUUGUUGAGGAAAUGUAGUCAACCUUAAAGAACAUGGCCAUCAGAUCCAUGGAUCGUUUAUUAAAAGAUGAAGUUGAUCCUUGCCUAAAAUCUUGCCUACUUCAUGGUACUUGCAUUUUAUGAAUUAUUCAGUUGAGUGAGUCAGAUUCUUAACUAUCUUGUCAAUAACAUUUCAUAUUGAAUGUCUGAAUCAUUCUAUGAUGCUGAAGCUAUUGAAAUA